AUGCUCGCAAGAAACCAACGGCAAGCGGCUGCCAAAGCUGAAUAUCUUCGGCAAAAAGUGGAGCGUCGCUGGGCGACAAAGCGGCGAGCAAUACUUCAGGAAACCCUCGAGCAUCUGGGACUUGCCAUGCAACUGGACAAACAUCUGCCUGCACCCAACAGUGAAGUAACCACGACAAGUUUUACUCGUCUCUUAGCCGGCUCCCGGGAUGGUGCACCGCCCGGUUUGAUGUGA